GCGCUUGCGGCUGGAGGAGGCAUCUCGCCUGGGCUGCGCUGUGCACACCUCGCCCCGGGGAGAACGCAUCCCGGGCAGGCGGCAGGGAUGUCGGCGAAGGAGAGGCCAAAGGGCAAAGUGAUCAAGGACAGCGUGACUCUCCUGCCCUGCUUUUAUUUCGUGGAGUUGCCUAUAUUGGCAUCAUCGGUGGUUAGCCUGUAUUUCCUUGAACUCACGGAUGUCUUCAAACCCGUCCACUCUGGAUUCAGCUGCUAUGACCGGAGUCUUAGCAUGCCAUACAUUGAACCCACCCAGGAGGCAAUUCCUUUCCUCAUGUUGCUUAGCUUGGCUUUUGCUGGACCUGCAAUUACGAUUAUGGUAGGGGAAGGAAUCCUCUACUGUUGUCUGUCCAAAAGAAGGAAUGGGGUUGGCCUGGAGCCCAACAUUAACGCUGGAGGCUGCAACUUCAACUCUUUCCUUAGAAGAGCCGUCAGAUUCGUUGGUGUUCAUGUCUUUGGACUCUGCUCUACAGCUCUUAUCACAGACAUCAUCCAGCUCUCCACAGGCUACCAGGCACCGUACUUUCUGACUGUGUGCAAGCCAAACUAUACCUCUCUGAAUGUGUCUUGCAAAGAGAAUUCCUACAUUGUAGAAGAUAUUUGCUCAGGAUCAGACCUUACAGUUAUCAACAGUGGCAGAAAAUCAUUCCCUUCUCAACAUGCGACCCUUGCUGCCUUUGCAGCUGUGUACGUUUCGAUGUACUUCAAUUCCACACUAACGGAUUCCUCUAAGCUUCUGAAACCUCUCUUGGUCUUCACCUUUAUCAUCUGUGGAAUCAUCUGUGGGCUAACACGGAUAACUCAGUAUAAGAAUCACCCGGUUGAUGUCUACUGUGGCUUUUUAAUAGGAGGAGGAAUUGCUCUGUACUUGGGUCUGUAUGCUGUGGGGAAUUUUCUGCCUAGUGAAGAGAGUGUGUUUCAGCACAGAGAAGCCCUCAGGUCUCUGACAGACCUCAAUCAAGACCCCAGCCGAGUUUUAUCUGCUAAAAAUGGUAGCAGCACUGACGGAAUUGCUCACACUGAAGGCAUCCUUAACCGAAACCAUAGAGAUGCUAGCUCCUUGACCAACCUCAAAAGGGCAAAUGCAGAUGUAGAAAUCAUCACUCCACGGAGCCCCAUGGGGAAGGAGAACAUGGUUACCUUCAGCAAUACCUUGCCUAGAGCCAACACCCCAUCCGUGGAAGACCCUGUGAGAAGAAACGCCACCAUUCAUGCCUCGAUGGAUUCUGCUAGAUCCAAGCAGCUCCUCACCCAGUGGAAGAAUAAGAAUGAAAGCCGGAAGCUGUCUCUGCAGGUUAUAGAGACCGAGCCGGGACAGUCACCACCCAGAUCCAUUGAAAUGAGAUCAAGCUCGGAGCCGUCCAGGGUGGGGGUCAAUGGAGACCACCACGCUCCCGGCAGCAAUCAGUACCUCAAGAUCCAGCCUGGCACCGUCCCUGGGUGUAACAACAGCAUGCCUGGGGGACCAAGAGUAUCCAUUCAAUCCCGCCCCGGGUCCUCACAGUUAGUACACAUCCCUGAAGAGACGCAGGAAAACAUAAGCACCUCCCCCAAAAGCAGCUCUGCCCGGGCCAAGUGGCUGAAAGCCGCGGAGAAGACCGUGGCUUGUAACAGAAGCAACAGCCAGCCUCGCAUCAUGCAGGUCAUAGCCAUGUCCAAGCAGCAGGGUGUCCUCCAAAGCAGCCCCAAGAACACUGAAGGCAGCACGGUCUCCUGCACCGGCUCCAUCCGCUACAAAACCCUGACAGACCACGAGCCCAGUGGGAUCGUGAGGGUCGAGGCCCACCCGGAGAACAACAGGCCCAUCAUACAGAUCCCGUCCACCGAAGGCGAAGGCAGUGGCUCCUGGAAAUGGAAAGCCCCUGAAAAGGGCAGCCUUCGCCAAACGUAUGAGCUCAACGAUCUCAACAGGGACUCAGAAAGCUGUGAGUCCCUGAAAGACAGUUUUGGUUCCGGAGAUCGAAAGAGAAGCAACAUAGACAACAGUGAGCAUCACCACCACGGAAUCACCACCAUCCGCGUCACCCCGGUAGAGGGCAGCGAAGUCGGCUCAGAGACUCUGUCCAUUUCUUCCUCCCGCGACUCCACCCUGCGGAGAAAGGGCAACAUCAUUUUAAUCCCUGAAAGGAGCAACAGCCCCGAAAACACGAGGAAUAUCUUCUACAAAGGAACCUCCCCCACACGGGCUUAUAAGGAUUGAGGGAUGGUCAUUCAAAUCACUUGGGUCACCCCAAGAGACCACGUGUUGAUUCUACCAGUGCUCUGUUCCAGCGAAUGGGGAACCUUCUCACCAAACUAGAUUAUCCAUCAUCAGCCUGCGACUCACUGACACUCGAGAACUAUUCCACCCAAGCUUGCAGACUUCACAUCAAGGGAAGGGAAAAGCACAAUGCAAGAACCUAACUCGUGUGAUAAUGUGAAGACUCUUCCUAAGACUUACCUUCAAACGCAAAACGGCUGCAGAGGGCAGUAUCAAAAGAAAGCAGUUUCCUUCAGUGUAUACUAUUGUACUUCCUGAAUGUGCCAACUUUAGGGUUCUUUCUUUAUAAUUAGCUGUGGGAAUCCAGAACACACGUUUUCCCUACAGCAGAGGCCAUGCAGUAUUAUAUAUUCAUUUUGCAGAAUCUGCACCAAAAGCUCAGUAUGGCUGGUGCUGAUUAUUAUAGUACAUAUAUGGUGUAAACUCUCAAUUUCUAUUUAGCUGUGAAAUAGUGGUGUGCAAUUCCUUGUCAAAGAAAUGCUACUGUUAUUAAGAAGAUGUUGGCUUCUUUGUGUUAGAAUAGGACACCCUGAAGCUUCUCUGUAGUGGCUCCGUCAGUCAAAAAAUGAAAAGGUUUUGUGCAUUUCUUCAAAAUUUUGCUUUCUUCAACAACAAAGAUUUAUAAGGAUAUUUUCAG